AUGCCUAACAACAAUAGGUGCUCUCAAUAUAGUCUAGAAGUGAAAGGUCCUCUGAAGAUCAUUCACCAAUUUCUAAUAUUUACUUUUUAUCUUGUAUUUAACUUUAAACUUGCUCUGAGUUCUAGCAAUAAUCAGGAAUAUGUUCUUCGAGUAGUCUCCUCUUUGCAAGAAGUUAAUCUCUCAUUCCUACAGGUAAAACCGGAAGUCAGAAAAGCAGAGGGAAACGUGUCCACAGCGCUGCACUUUGUCCUGCUGGGAUUCUCUGACCUUUCAAAUCUCCAAGGCUUUCUAUUUGGAAUGUUCUUCUUCAUGUACAUGAUCAUCAUAGUCGGGAACAGCCUCAUCAUAAUAUUAACCAGAUUUGAUCCUGCAUUACAGAAGCCCAUGUACUUUUUCCUGGCAAAUUUUUCCUCAUUGGAGAUCUGUUAUGUAUCAGUCACUCUCCCCAGGAUGCUUGUGAAUCUUUGGACUCAAAAGAGAAGCAUUUCUUUCGUGGAAUGUGCCACCCAGCUUUGUUUCUUUCUUAUGCUGGGGGCCACUGAGUGCUUCCUCCUGGCUGUGAUGGCUUAUGACCGCUAUGUGGCCAUCUGUAACCCUCUGCACUAUCCUCUGGUCAUGAACCAGAAGCUGUGUGUCCAGCUGGCAGUUGGCUCCUGGGUCAUUGGAAUUCCAGUCCAGAUCGGACAAACAGCUCAGAUUUUCUCUCUGGAUUUUUGUGCUUCUAAUCAAAUUAACCACUUCUUCUGUGAUAUCCCACCUAUUAUUCAGUUGGCCUGUGGGGACACCUCUGUUCAUGAGAUAUUUGUUUACAUCAUCGUUAUGUUUAUUGCUACAGUUCCUUUCUUGCUAAUCCUGGCCUCCUACAGCAAAAUCAUUUCCACCAUCCUGAAGUUACCAACAGCCUCAGGAAGAACUAAAGCCUUCUCCACCUGUUCUUCCCACCUGCUGGUUGUGGUUUUAUUCUUUGGAUCUGCCUCUGUCACUUAUUUCAGACCGAAAUCCUUACAUUCUGCAGGACCAGACAAACUAAUUUCCCUUUUCUACACCAUUGUGACUCCAAUAUUCAACCCCAUGAUAUACAGUCUCAGGAACAAGGAUGUUAUUGCUGCAUUGAGAAAAUUAUUAUUUAAAACGUAG